GACUCCCCUGCUGGGGCGGGAGCCUGAUGUGGGGCUCUAACCCAGGACGCUGGGAUUAGGACCUGCGCCGAAGGCAGAUCCAUAAGCAACGGAGUCACCCAGCUUUUACAGGACAGCUUCUCAUCUUACUCAGAAAGGAGACCUAUCGGAUGAGGUAUGAUCUCCAUCUUAAGGCUGGUACCGAAGGCCUGCAGUUCUCUCCCCUGGCUCUGCCCCCUCCCCCCGCCCAGGACGGGCACCGAUGUCCCCGAGCCCUCUGGGAAGUGGAGUCCUUCCGCCGGGACCCCCGACCUGGCGCGGUCGCCUCCAAGUGCGCAGAUGCGACUCCAGACGGAGCCUCGGGCUCGAGCCUUUUGUUUCCCCGCAGCUCAGGGAGUCCGGAGAGCGACUCCGUGCGCCCGUCCCGUCUUUCCCAGAGCGCAGCCCUGCGGGGACCCGCCCCGUGGCCGGAGCCGAGACCGCGGCGCGUCUAGGGAGCUUCAGAGUAGAGUUGAAUGAUUUACACAAAGAAGCAGAUUAUGUAUUGCUGAAAAGUUCAUAUUUAUCUCUUCUGAAACUGUAAAGAAGAAGGAAGUCAUAGCAAUAACAGGACAAAGAAAGAGAAGCUGAUCAUGGAUUAUCUGACCAUUGAAGCUGAGGAAGAAGUCCUUCCAGCCAUUACUAGUGAGGAUGCUUCUCUGCCCCAAAAACAGAACACAGAAGAAAUGGAACCUACUGUUGAGCUCCUUCCUGUUGAGUUCCAGGAAUUGGUGACAGUCAAGGAUGAGGAAAUGGAUUUCGCUCAUGUGGAAGAAGAACAGCUGAGUUCUGCCCAAAGGUACAUGGGCAUGGAUAUGAAAGUGGAGAAUUGUGGGAGCCUGGUAUUUUGGGAUUCCGAAUCUAUACCUGAAACUAAAGAAUCCUUUUCAAAGCAGGGACUUUAUGAAGAAGUGUCUCCUGAAAGAGAGCUGAUAAUGGAGAGACUUAAAAAGGAUGAGUCCUGGGACUCCAGAUUGAUAGAAGCCUGGCAAUGUGAAGGCACAUUAGAAAGGCAGCAAGGAAAUCAGAAGAAAGAUUUAAGGCAAGUCAUAAUUAAACGCAAGAAAAACCCUGUGGAGGAUUGUAGUGAAACUGGGGAGAGUUCAAACCCAAUUCGACAUCGCAACAUUUACUCAGUGAAAAAGCCUUGGAAGUGCAAUGAAUGUGGGAAAUCCUUCAGUUACUACUCAGCCUUUAUCUUACAUCAGAGAAUUCAUACUGGAGAGAAGCCUUAUGUAUGUAAUGAGUGUGGAAAGGCCUUCAGUCGGAGCUCAUCACUUAUUCAGCAUCAGAGGAUUCACACUGGAGAGAAACCCUAUGAGUGUAAUGAAUGUGGGAAGGCUUUCAGUCAUCGGUCAGCCCUCAUCCAACAUCACAUCAUUCAUACUGGAGAAAAGCCCUAUGAGUGCAGUGAAUGUGGGAAGGCCUUCAACCAAAGCACGUACCUUAUUCAACAUCACAGAAUCCAUACUGGAGAGAAACCCUAUAAAUGCAAGGAAUGUGGGAAAGCUUUCAAUGACACCUCAUCCCUUAUUAAACAUCAAAGGGUUCAUACUGGAGAAAAACCCUAUGGAUGUACAGAGUGUGGGAAAGCCUUUAGUGAUAGGUCUGGCCUGACCCAACAUCAGAGAACUCAUACAGGGGAAAAGCCAUAUGAAUGCAGUGAAUGUGGGAAAGCUUUCAGUUACUGUUCAGCUCUUAUACAACAUCAAGGAACUCAUACUGGGGAGAAACCUUACAAAUGUAACGAAUGUGGGAAAGCCUUCAGUGACCGCUCAGCUCUUGUAAGACAUCAGAGAAUUCAUACUGGAGAGAAACCUUACAAAUGUAAAGAAUGCAAGAAAGCCUUCAGCCAGAGCUCAUCUCUUACAAAGCAUCUGAGAACUCAUACUGGAGAGAAACCGUAUAAAUGCAAUGAUUGUGACAAAGCCUUCAGCCAGAGUUCAUCUCUUAUUCAACACCAGAAAACCCAUAUGGGAGGAAAACACUACAAGUGUAAGAAAUGUGAGAAAAUGUUUAGUGUGCGUUCAGCCUUUCAUCAACACAAAGAAAUUCAUGAUGGAUAGAAUGCAGUAAAUUCAUGAAAUAAUUAUGUAGUCUUGGGGCACCCAGGUGGCUCAAUUGGUAGAGCAUGCAACUCUUGAUCUGGGGUUGUGAGUUCAAGCCCCAUGUUGGGCACAGAGUUUACUUAAAAAAAAAAAAAAAAGUAUUCUCUCCUGAUAGUGUAGACCUGUUCUAAGUAUUACAGGGUAUACUACAAAAACACGAGGCUGUGUCAUGUAAAAAAUAGCUCUCUCCCUUGAAAGGUUAUUAAGUAUGGGAAGAGGACAAGAGGUACAGUCACAAACCUCAAAAAGCUGAAGUAAUGAGGAAAAAUCCUAGAGAAACACAGAAGGAGAAAGUCUGGUUUAGUCAGAAAAACAGACUCAGAAGCUAAGCAUCUGCUAUUACAGAAAAACUAAUCAGAGGAGCAGACUGAACAGUACUUGAGGCUGAUGGCUGUCUAAAUAGUAGUUUUAAUCUGAAGCCAAGUGGGGAGGAUCAGGAUCCCAAAGAGGAAAAUCACCAGAAAGUUUCUCUAGAGAAAAAAAAAAAAAACUAAGCCCAGGAAAUCCUCCUUUUUCUCUGUCCCUACACUCCAUGUGUUCACUUGCACACUUGCAAACAUUUACACUAGUGCUUGUUAACCCUGGAUGUACACUGAAAUCAUCUGAGGAGCUUUAAAAAAAAAAAUACCUAGCUCCCAGCCCCAGAGAAUUCAGAUUAAAUUUGGACUAGGGUGUAGCCUGGGCAUCAAGAAUUUAAAAACUCCUCAGGUAGUUCCGAUAUGCAGCCAAGAUUAAGAACUACUGAUUUAGGCUCUUUCUGCACAAGGAUCAACUCAAUAAGGUAGGAGAAGUACAGGCAGCUGAAAGGAUAAUAACAAUUUACAUCGGCUCUCAAGAGCUCUUUGUGUCUUGUCUCUCCCUUUUCUUUCUGUUGCUAAUUAUAUGUCUUUUUUUUUUUUUAACCUGACUUUGGAUCCUUUUGUUUGGACGUUUUUUGUUUUCUCUGACUUUGUGUGAAUUGAGCUGCCUGGUACUAACUUCUGCUCUGGCCCUCACCCUUGCUAAAUGUGCUCCUUUAAGCCUGGUUACAGCUUUCUCAAUCGCUUCUGCCUAUGAGGAUCAUAUAUUGUGCUUGCUACCCAUGGCCCAAUGGUGGCAAAUAUUUACUGUGAGGAACAAGAGGAGGACCUACAGACCAGAAAUCAGGAGAGACAGAGUGACUAGAAGGGAACUUGAAAGAGUUAAAAAAUUUUUUUUAAGAUUUUAUUUAUUUGAGAGAGAGUGAGAGGGAGCUAACACUAGCGGGGGGAGGAGCAGAGGGAGCGGGAAAGCAGACUCCUAGCUGAGCAAGGAGCCCUACUCGGGGUUUGAUCCCACCCUGGGAUCAUGACCUGAGCCAAAGACAGAUGCUCAACCGCCUGAGCCACCCAGGCACCCCCAUACAGUUAAACUUUUGACUCCAACUGUAUUGUUGGUAUCUUAGAAUUUCCUGAAAUUAUAAUAAAAUUCAGUUGUGUGCACAAAUUAAUACUGAACUUCAAGGGAUAUAGGUGGGAGGAAGGGUAAAUAAAAAAUGUUUCUACAUUUAGGGGCACCUGGUGGCUCAGUUGGUUGGGCGACUGCCUUCAGCUCAGGUCAUGAUCCUGGAGUCCCGGGAUCAAGCCCCGCAUCAGGCUCCCUGCUCGGCGGGGAGUCUGCUUCUCCUUCUGACCCUCCCCCCUCUCAUGCUCCCUCUCUCUAUCUCAUUCUCUCUCUCAAAUAAAUAAAAUCUUUUAAAAAAAAGUUUCUACAUUUAAUAUGAAAAAGAAUAAUAAUGCUAAGGAGAUUAUGAGAAAUUACAGAUGAUAAUGUAAUCCAUAUAGAAUAUCCAUUAAAUGAUAAUGCAAAUAGAGGAACUAAAUUACAUGUUAAAAAAUGUUUAAUCCAAAAGAAGGCAGGAAAGGAGAAAGAAAGGCAUGGAUGGGACAAAUUCUAAAUAGGUAGCAAAAUGGUAGACCUAAGUUCAACCAUACCAGUAAUUACAUUAAAUGUAAAAGAAACACACCAAAUAAAACUCAAAGAUUACAAGACUGAAUAAAGAAGCAUGACCCACGGGGUGCCUGGGUGGCUGUCAUUAAGCGUCUGCCUUCGGCUCAGGUCAUGAUCCCAGGGUCCUGGGAUCGAGUCCCACAUUGGGCUCCCUGCUCAGCAGGAAGCCUGCUUCUCCCCUCUCCCACUCCCCCUGCCUUGUGUUCCUACUCUCACUAUGUCUCUCUCUGUCAAAUAAAUAAAUAAAAUAUUUAAAAAAAAAAAGAAACAUGACCCAACUAUAUGUAAAAGAGGCACAUGUUAAAUAUAGAAACAUAGGUUGAAAGUUCAAAAGAUAAAAAAAAAAAGAACAAAAGAUAAAGAGACACAGUGAAGGGCGCCUGGGUGGCUCAGAUGGUUAAGCGUCUGCCUUCGGCUCAGGUCAUGAUCCCAGGGUCCUGGGAUCGAGUCCCACAUUGGGCUCCCUGCUAGGCGGGGAGCCUGCUUCUCCCUCUGCCUCUGCCUCUCUCUCUCUCUCUCUCUCUGACUCUCAUGAAUAAAUAAAUAAAACAUUUAAAAAAAAGAGAGAGACAGUGAAAACACUAAUCAUAAGAAAGCUGGAGUGGACAUAUUCAUAUCAGAUCAAACAAUUCAAGAAGGGUAUCAAAAAAAAAGGUAUCAUCAUAGAUACAGAAAGACCUUUUGUAAUGUUAAAAUGGUCAAUUCAUUAAGGUUAGGAAUUCUUAUAAUGUGUAACUGGGUUACAAAUAUGACAUGUUAAUAUUAUAAGUAAGAUUUAUAAUUUUAAGUUAUUAAUAUAUUAUGUGCCUCACAUCAGGGCUUCCAAAAUCAUAAGGUAAAAACUGACAGAACUAAAGUUUUAAAAAGAACAAUCCACAAUUUUAUAAUUAGAAAUUUUAACACUCCAGGGGCACCUGGCUGGCUCAGUUGAUUGAGCAUCUGACUCUUGGUUUUGGCUCAGGUCAUGAUCUCAUGGGUCAUGAGAUUGAGCCCUGCAUCAGGCUCCGUGUUCAGCGGGAAAUCUGCUUGAGCAUUCUCUCCCUCUGCCCCCCACACCAUGCUUGCGCUCUCACGUGCUCUCUUUCUAAAAUAAAUGGAUGAGUCUUUUAAAAAAAUUUAAUAACCCAUUCUCAGCAGAUGCUAGAACAUGUACACAAAAAAAUAUUAAAGAUCUAGAAAAGCUGAACAGCACUACCACCUUGAAUUGAUUGGCAUAUAUAGAAUAUAGUAUGCACAUGGAACACACAACUUCAGAGUGCACAUUCCCUUCAAGUGCACAUGGAUGUUCACCAAGUUAGGUUAUACGCUGGCCCUUAAAGCAAGGCUCAAUAAAUUCAAAGGACUGAGAAUAUUCUCUAUUACAUUUAAUGAAAGUACAGAUCAAUAAAAUAAGAUAGGAAAUCCCCAAAUAUUUGGAAAUUAAAUGCCAUACCUCUAAUUAAUCCAAGUAAAAAAUUUUAAAGGAAAAUGGGUUGAAAUAAUAUAUAAUACUCUUUGACUAGUGGGAUUAAUCUAGAUACCACUAACAGGUAAUGGGGGAAGAAGCCUCAACUUCCAAGAAAUUAAGGGAAAACACCAUUAAAUAACCAAAGAGAAAAGAAGAAAUAAAAUAGACAUCGAAAAACAUUUUUCGACUGAAUAAUAAUGAAGAUGCAACAUAUCCAAACUUGUGGGAUACAACUAAAGCAAUGUAUAGAGAGAAAUCUCCCGCAUUAAACUACCUAACAUUAGAAAAGAAGGUUGAAAAUCCAUCAUUCCAAUUUCCAUUGAAAGACUAAAAGUGGAAGCAAAUUAAACACAAAGUAAAAGGAAAUACAUAAGAAAGAGCAGAAAGUGGGCGCCUGGGUGGCUCAGUCCAUUAAGCAUCUGCCUUCAACUCAGGUCCUGAUCCCAAGGUCCUGGGAUGGGGCCCUGAGUCAGGCUCCCUGCUCAGCGGGGAGUCUGCCUCUACCUCUGCCCCUCCCUCACCACUCGCACUCUUUCUCUUUCUCUCAAAUAAAUAAAAUCUUAAAAAAAAUAAAGAGGAGAAAUUUUAAAAUACAAAGCAGAUACACAAUAUAGAGCAUCAACAAAGGCAAAGAUUGGUACUUUGCGUAUGGCGGCUUUUACAAAACAAGGCAAAACAAAACAAAACUGAAAGAACAUGCAGGAAAAUUACAUGUGGGGGUUGGAGGGAAUGAAGUGAAUGGAGCAGGGUAGAGUGCCGCCCUUCACUGUAUUUUGUUUUGACUUUUGAGCCACUCAAAAAAAAUUUUUUUGAAGAUUUUAUUUAUUUACUUUGGAGAGAGAGCAUGAGCAGUGGGGAGGACCAGAGGAAGAGGGAGAGGGAGGGGGAAUAAGUCUCAAACAGAUUCCACACGGAGUGCAGAGCCACGCGGGGCUUGAUCCCAGGACCCUGAGAUCACGACCUGAGCUGAAACCAAGAGUCAGACGCCAAAGCGACUGAGCCACUCAGGCCCCCCUCCAAAAAUUUUAAUACCCAUCCAGUGCUAUUCCAAGCCAUAUCGGAUACUGAGGCAAAAAGAAACAUAUGUACCCCUAUAUACACUUACCAAAAUAUUUUACCAUGUUUUGAACCAGAUUGGAAAAUUUAAUGCAAGCUCCAUAAUUCAAAAGAAUGACUAUGGGGCAGGCACCUGGCUGGCUCAGUCAGUAGAGCAUGUGACUCUUGAUUUCUGGUUUUGUAAGUUCAAGCCCCUUGUUGGGCAUAAGAUUUACUUAAAAAAAUAAAAAUUAAAAAAAUGACUACAUACCAAGUCCACAUUGCCCAGUCUGUUUGCACACCACUGUCAACCUGUAGAAACUGGGAUGUGAUGGCUUCAUGGCCCAGGAACCAUGAGCUGAUUGGAAAUAACACCCAAGUGCACAAAAACCCUGGGUUAUAAAACAAGCAAACCACAGCUUAUCUUAUUUAAAAUCUUGAUAUUUUAUUUUUCAUUGAUUUUUUGCAUUAAUUGUUUUAAAGAUUUUUUUUAAAGAUUUAUUUAUUUAUUUAUUUGAGAGAGAGGAGGGGCAGAGAGAGUCCCAAGCAGACUCUGGGCUCAGUGUGGAGCCUGACGAGGUGGGUGUGGGUGUGGUCAAUCCCGAGAUCAUGACCUGAGCCGAAAACCAAGAGUCCGACAUUCAACAGACUGUGACACCCAGGCGCCCCCUUUUUAAAGAUUUUUAAAGUAAUCUCUACACCCAACGUGGGGCCUGAACUCACAACCCUGAGAUCAAGAGUCACAUGCCCUACUGACUGAGCCAGCCAGGAGCCCCUGCAUUAAUUUUGAUUUAGAAAAUAUUGCCUUAAAACCUUUCUCUUUAGGGGCGCCUGGGUGGCUCAGUUGUUAAGCGUCUGCCUUUGGCUCGGGUCAUGGUCCUGGGGUCCUGGGAUCCAGCUCUGUGUCGGGCUCCCUGUUCCACGGGAAGUCUGCUUCUCCCUCUCCCACUCUCCCUGCUUGUGUUCCCUCACUCGCUGUCUCUCUCUCUGUCAAAUAAAUAAAUAAAUAAUCUUUAAAAAAAAACCCAAAAACAUUUCUCUUGAUUACUGAAUUUUUUGGUGCCCUCUUAAGUUUUGCACCCAAGGUGAAUGCGUCACUUGCCUCACCCUCAUCCCUGCCCUGAGCACAUUAUAUGGGAUCAUCUGGAGGUGGGAAAGCUGGAAUGGAGGAGAUUCAGUGAUUUUCAUCAUGCCCAAGGAAAUCAAAGACUCUGUGUGGACAUAUUUAUUUAAAAACUCAUUUAAAAAACUGUAAAGAUAUUGGUAGCUUUUAGGAAAUUCUAAAACUUCAUUUGCACUUUUUAAACUCAGACUCACAACCUGGAGUUACUGGCCAGUUUGGGUCAUCAUCUUCGUGACAGGAAAUCAACAGAGACAUCCGUUUGUUACCAAUUUCACUCUAGGAUUUUCCAUUUGGGGGUCUGGAAGCUUCAUCUCAGGGGCCCUUCAGGGAACCAUAUGCCUCCUGACAGGGCCUGAAAACCCUGUAUCCAACUACAGCUGCCGAGCUCACCCUUCUCUCCCUGCUCUGAUUGGGGAUCUCAGUCGGUGCUGUCCAAGCCGGUGGUGAGAUUGCUGGGACUAGAUACAUAGCCCCAGGUGAGUGAUUUGAAAGCUCAUUUUCAUGUUAUCACCCUUUACCCACAACUUGACUAACCGCCUUGCAGGUUCAACCCUAAGUCACAGUGCAGUCCCACUCAAAAUGUAAACGAGCACACAGGCAUGCCUCCUGAAUUUGGCAAACAUUUUCCUGUGAUCCACUUUCCUCAUCUGUACACUGAGGAAAACAAGAGCGCGGACUUCACAGAGUUGUUAUGUGGAUGCUAUCAAUUAAUUCAUGUAAAGCACAUGGAAUAGUCCCUGGCACACAGGGAGAUGCUCAAUAAAUUUCAAGAUAUUAUCUAUUAGUUUUGGUCACUAAAUACACUUUUAAUAAAAAUAUAUGAAUAAUUUUAAGGGAGUGCCACCAUUGACAGAGAAAUAAAAUGCAUCAUUCAGAUAACCAGACAAGUGGUUGGUGAUAACUUUGUUCAUAGUUUCAA